AUGGGGGCUAAAGGAAAGAAGGGGGGCUCCGGUUCCCUAUCCAGCUCGCCUGGUGAAGGCGUGUGUGUGUCGGUGGAAACACAGCCACGACAUUUCGAGUACGUUGGCAAGGUUCCCUCGGAGACCCUGUCCCCAAGCGGCAAUGCCGGUAAAGCUGUGCCAAAGGGCUCCGGCAACGGUACAACCAAGGGCGGCAGUGCAGCAAAGGGUUGCAGCGGUGGCAAAACCCAGGGUUUAAAGGGCGGUGGCGAUGCAGCAACGGGUGGCAAAGCCGGCGGUGAGCAUGCAUCAAAGGGUGGCGGCCUGGGUAAGGGUGCAGUUGCAAAGGGGGUUGGAUGCAGCAAAGGCGACGGUAAGGAUGCAAGGAAGGGUGGCAAAGCCACCCAUGAGGAUGCAUCAAAGGGUGGCAAAGGUGAUGGUAAGGAUACAGCAAAGGGCAGCAAAGGCAUUGGUAAGGAUGCUUCAAAGGGUGGCUUGGGCCCCGCCGCAGUUGCAAUGAAGGGUGGAGGUGGCAAAGGCGAUGGUAAGGAUGCAGCAAAGGGCAGCAAAGGCAUUGGUAAGGAUGCAUCAAAGGGUGGCUUGGGCCCCGACGCAGAUGCAGCAAAGGGCAUCAAAGGCAUUGGCAAGGAUGCAUCAAAGGGUGGCCUGGCUAAGGAUGCAGUUGCAAAGGGGGGUGGAGGUAGCAAAGGCGACGGUAAGGAUGAUGCGGUGAAGGGCGGUGGCGCCGGUGGCAAAGGCGAUGGUAAGGCUGCAGCAAAGGGUGGUGGCAAAGCCGUUGGUAAGGAUGCAUCAAAGGGGUCUGGCAAAACCAAAGGUAAGGAUGCAGUGAAGGGCGGUGGCGGUGGUGGCAAAGGUGAUGGUAAGGACUCAGCCAGCAGCGGUGGCAAUGCCAUAGCAGCAAAGGGCGGAGGUGGCACCAAAGGCGAUGGUACUCCCCCGAGUCAGCCAUCGCCGGCAGGGUCACCGGACAACUCGAUGAAGCCAAAGGGCAAAGGAUCAAGAGCAGGGCAGAUCAACGCCAGCGCAAGUGAUGGAACCAAGGGCAAGGGCAGCCAGGGCAUGAGCUUGAAGGGGAAGGGCCAAGGCCAGAGCACACCCGAGGAGCCGGACAGCAACGGCAAGCGCAAGGCUGGGGCCAAUGACGGGCCUCACGCGGUGGUGCGCCGGGUGUCCUUCGGAGGAGGCACGGGGGUCGGUGUGUUCGCCUUUCUAAAGGCUUUCUUGUUGGACAAGGAGAAUUUGGCAACCAUUGAGGUCUCGCCAUACUACGAGGAGCUUUCAGAAAGCAAAGAGAAAGAGCAGUACGAAGAACUUCCAUUGUGCAUCAUCAAGCAAAAGUACGAAGGUUUGCCAGGAGGGGUAGCCUUCGUGGAGAACAUCCAGAAGAGCCAAGUGGGGAAGAAGCACCCCCAAUUCGACAGCGAAGACUGGCGUAUAUAUAAGGUAUUCAAGAACGUUGCUAUCAGCAGUGCCUUGUCGUCAUGA